AUGAUUCAAUUACAAGAUCGUAGCAUGGUUCCAUCACAAAGCAGCAUGGUUCCAUUACAAGGUGGAAGCUUGACGGCGUUCAUUGUGGCGACCGUGUCGCUGGCUAUAUCCCUGUUCGCCGUUUGUCUGCGAUGUUUUGUCCGAAUUAAUAUCGUUAAGGCCUUUGGAUUAGAUGACGCAUUUAUGGUAUUUGCAAUGAAACUAAUUCAUCUACUUGUUAACCUUCAGCUUCUAAACAUGUUAUUUUGCAUUUGUGGUAUCAUGGGCUCUUUAAAUGGAACAGGCCUGGAAAUGGAACCAAUCUUAGUACAUGGCACGUUGGAGAAUUGUUUAUUUUGGUGGUGGCUAGGCUCGACUUCUUAUAUUUGGGUCUGUGCAAUGGCCAGGAUAUCAAUCGCUAUCCUUCUAAUACGCCUGACCGUUGUGCGGGCUCACAUAUGGAUUUUAUAUGGUGUUAUCUUUGUAACUUCAGUCGUCGGUCUGGUCUUUUGGGCUUUCCUCACCUUCCAGUGCCACCCAGUUUCUUACUGGUGGCGUCAAGCCAUUCUUUUAUACGAACCUUCGGCUGAUAUAACUGGAUCCUGUCUGAAUAUCAGCCGUACUAUUGCCAAUACCUAUGUCUAUAGUGUCACUUCGAUGAUUUGCGAUCUGACGCUUGCAAUUCUGCCUCUUUUCAUGGUCUGGAAGCUACAGAUGGAGCUCAGAACCAAAGCUCUGUUAGCCGGUAUCCUAGCCAUGGGUGGCAUCAUUUCUGAGCCUCUAUUUGGAUUUAUAUCUAAUAAAUUGAUAGGUGCACAAAACAAUAUUUCCAUCUGGUCCAACGUCGAAGCUUGCCUAGGUAUCACUGCCGGCAGCCUAGCCACUAUCCGUCCACUCUUUCGCCGUUUCCACCGCUCUAGCUAUGCCAAAUCCAAGUCGGACAAUGAAAACUUCCCGCUGCCUGUUGCACGGGGUAAUCCAAAUGGCCCACAUGCCUGGCGAGCGGAUAAUGAGUCAGAGGAAACACAAAUUGUCAUCACUACCAUCAGUCCUACGCAUAAAAGCAGUCAGGCUAGUAGCCAUCGAGACCUAUAUGAUGAUAGCAGAUCUGAUAGAGGAUCUGAAAGCGAACUUGUCGUAUAG